AUGCUAUCUACUGGCGCUGUUGCCACUGGCGAGCAGUCGCUUGUUCCGGAGAACUUGUUUCAUACACUUCUAACGGCGUCCAAGGAUAGUAUUGACAGCCAACGGUUGGACAGCCGGACCACCUUCCCCCUUGCCUCUCACGCAACUCUCGAUGCAGCCAAAUCCUUCGCUCUCAAAGCCCUUCCUUUGCUAGGGUAUAGCCACAUGGACUUUGACGCCUAUGAAGAGCGAGUUUCAGACGAGGACAAUGAAGAAACCGGCGCUUUCUUCCAAGAUGGCAUCAUUGUCCAUGCUCAACGAUCAGGAGCGCAUGACUUCCUUAUCGGCAUUGUCACCACACCAAACAACGAAAAGCUGCAGGCUAAAACAGAUGGCUCCGGAGAACUUCAACUACCACUUGGCACCAACCACUUACACUACGUGCUACAAACGCGUAUCGACUAUAACACGGACCGUGCAGGCGCCUUUCAAGAGACAGUAAUCGAGGGCACGUACGUUCGCAGAAGUGAUGCCCUGGCGGCGAGUAAAAAGUGUCUCAUUAGUGAUGAGGUGGGCAAGAAAGACUUUGUACUGUACGAAGAGCAAGACAAGUCUGAAAACGGUGAAGAGUGGGCAUACGGUGAGGAUGUACUGGUGCAUGCAGUGUCUGAAUCUGGCGAGAACUUCAAAAUCACCGUGGCAACGCCCUUGUUAGCACAUCAGCGACACAAGAAGAAUUGA